UGCCAUUCCCUCUGUUACGGAUGCGGCUCGCUCUUCUUAGCGCUGAGGAGCGACGUAUCUUGAACAUACAGCUGGUACAUCCCUUUUAUAGACCACUUUUUGCUUACAUACCAAACGAUUUUGCACCGAAUCUUCCCAUGCAAGAAGCGAAAGGGUGAGAGUGAAGAACAGUCUAGUUAGGUGGAUUUUUUCGAGCGUCUACCUCCGUGAGACGAUCGAACCGAAGAAUGAAGCGAGACAACGUGGACUGGUUGUACUCCGUGGCAGCGGUGUUGUUUGCCGUCAUCCUCUUUGAUCGGAUGCCGGUAGAAGGAUCUGCUCUGGAUGACAUAGAAAAGGAUGCCGCAGAAGUAAACAACUGGGCAUUGAGAUUUGGAAAAGCUAUUGUAGGUAGCAGUACACAAGCCACAUGUCUACAGAAAAUUACUGAUAAUUUUCAAGAGCUAGGGGCUACAGUAGAAUGGGUAGAUGCUACUCAAAUGAUAGAAGAAAUGAGAGCUGAUGUAGAAACUGUUCUUUCAUGGAAAACAUUAGCUGUUGAUAGGAUAAGAGAAGCUGCUGAAUAUGCAGCAACAGGGCCUCAACAUGAAAAAAGUACCAAAUUUGAAUAUUAUCUUGCACGAGAUGAUCCACCCAAAGAUGAAGAUGAUAAUAAAGUUGAAAGCAAUGAUGUUGUUCCAGAAUUCAAACCUCGAAAACAUGUCAGGGAACUAGAGCUAAGACCUCAUCGGAAUUUUGCUAAUGCUCCUGUGAAUUUCAAUCGUAGUUCAAUUCAUGUGCCCUUAACUGUUUAUGAUCAAGAUCCUAAAGUACAGAAUUCCAUAAAAUGGUCAGAGUACCUGACUUUAAUUUUUAUAAAUAAUCUUGCUGUUGAUCCAUCCCUAAACUGGCAAUAUUUUGGUAGCAGCACUGGAUUUUUAAGAACGUUUCCUGCUACCUCUUGGACAAAAGAAGGUAAACAACAUCCAGAUUUAUAUGAUUGUCGAACACGUUCAUGGUAUGUUAAGGCAGCUGCUUCUGCAAAAGAUAUUGUCAUUCUUGUGGAUUCUAGUGGAUCUAUGACUGGUAUUAGAAAAGAAAUAGCUAGAAAUGUGGUUACUGACAUUCUGGCCACACUAACAGAAGAUGAUUUUGUUACAAUUCUCAGUUUUUCCGAUGAAGUUACACCUGUCGUUCCUUGUUUUGAAAAUUCCCUAGUUCAAGCCAAUGAUGAGAAUAUCAGGGAAUUCAUUAGGCAUAUGAAAAAACUCGAAACAGCCAACAUUGCAAAUUUUACAUUAAGCCUUAUAACUGCUUUUGAAGUGCUGCAAAAAUACAACAGAUCAGGACUAGGAACACAGUGUAAUCAAGCAAUUAUGAUCAUUACUGAUGGAGCACCGAAUACGUUUGAAGAUAUAUUUAGAAGAUAUAACUAUCCAAACAUACCGGUGCGUGUUUUUACAUAUCUUAUUGGGAAAGAAGUCACAGAAUCCCAUGAAGUGAAUUGGAUGGCAUGUGCAAAUAAAGGUUACUAUACUCAUAUGGCUACAUUAUCAGAAGUUCGAGACAAAGUACUCAAAUAUGUCCCAGUAAUGAGUCGACCUCUUGUUCUGUCAGGAGCUCAUCCUUAUAUUUGGACAUCUGUAUAUGCUGAUGUUCCUGCAACUGAUUUGACUCUAACUGAAUGGGAAGAUAGAGAAUUUCAGUAUAUCCGUCGCAGAUUAAAUAUGAUGCGACGGCAUAUGUGGCUUUAUGCUCAGGAAGAUGAUGAUGUUGAUGAUCCAGAAGGUACAAUUGAACCUAUAUUGGAAGAACAAGAAGUCAGGCCAUUGCAGCUGAUGACAACUGUUGCUACCCCAGUUUUUGACAAAAGAAAUCCAAAAUCUGCCAAUUUAUUAGGUGUAGCUGGUACUGAUGUUCCUAUAAGAGAAAUUACCAAAUUAACUAGAGCUUACAAGAUUGGUGUGAAUGCAUAUUCUUUUGCCAUAACGAACAAUGGCCACGUUCUUUAUCAUCCUGAACUCCGACCAUUAUUUCAUGAUCUUUUGAAACCUGGAUAUCGAAAUGUGGAUUUAACUGAAGUUGAAUUGGUUGAUGCAGAUACUGGUUUGUACGAAUUUAAUGAAGCUUUAUUAACAAUUAGAAAAAAUAUGAUAGAUGGAAAAAUUGGAUGGGGGAAAAUGUCUGUGAAGAUACCGACUGAUGGAUUUAAAAGGAUAGUAACCAGAAAUAAUUCAUAUUAUUAUGGCCCCGUCAAUGGUACACCAUUUUCCUUGGCUGUAGCUCUGCCUGAACCUUAUGGCCAUUACCGUGUCAUAGGCCAAAUUGAAGUAAAAAGGCGAGAAGAAGAUUGGUUAGAAUAUUUUCGGGGAGAAAACUGGAGAGUUCACCCUAAUUGGGUAUACUGUGAAAAUCUGCAAAAACAAGAUGAUGGUUAUACUUCAGCAGAAGAUAACAUCAGAAUCUUUCUCACCGACUCUCUCGCUAGUUCUAACUUUCGAUGGCGUACAAGAAGCACUCGCCCACCCAUAUUUGACAAACCAAUAUGUGAAAAAGAUUUGAUACAAAGUCUCGUUUUUGAUGCCAAGGCCACUGCAGUAGACAGUGAAGAAUGUGAUAAAAUUAAGAAUGCUGAGAAAAAGCUAGAACAGAUGUUUGGACUUACUUUAUCAUUUGUGGCCACUCGCAGCGGACUAUUAAGAUUCAUUGAUUACCGUCCACCAGCUGAUAGACAUAACAGUACAGAAAAACUUAUCUUUGAAUCGCAUACAAAAGCUACAGAAGAAGAAUUUUAUAGAAGAGCUGUUGAUUUCCAUAACAUCAAUAGCUCUGCUUUUGUAUUUUCUGUACCAUUUGAUGCAGCCAACAGAAAAUCUAGUUUAGUCACAGGAAGCCAUGCAAUUUUUCUCGGAAAAGGAAAAAAGAAAGCCCCUGCUGCAGUAGUAGGUCUACAGUUUCAGCAUUCAAAAUUUGCUGAGAGAUUUUUUGACACAACUUCAAAGUGUAUGCAAGAGUGCAGAUUCAGAUGUCGUGACGAGGAACUAGAUUGCUUCUUGUUAGACAAUAAUGGUUUUAUAGUUGUUUCUGAAAAACAUGAGCAUACUGGAAAAUUUUUUGGAGAAAUAGAUUAUACUCUGUUCGAUUCAAUGAUAGAAACAGGAAUUUAUAAAAAAGUGCAUGCUUUUGAUUAUCAAGCCAUAUGUCUGGAAAUUGAUCCUACUUAUGGAUUUUCUCCAUAUCUUCUUACACCACUUCAUCAAAUACGGAAUAUAUUAAACUGGAUUUGGAGUAAACUAGCUUUGUUAUACAUACAAUUUAGUCUUUAUGAAUGGUGGUCUAGAGAUUGGGUAAUGGCGUCUUCAAAUGAAUUUGAUUAUGAAAAUCCUGGAAAUGAAAGACCAAAUAAAACAGUUCCUCAUCCUUGUGAAAAAGAGAUAGAUUUAUUCGAAAUGUUACCACGAGAAUUUGGUGAACCAGUGAAAGGCCGUCUAUCCAUGUGCCAUUCUUCAGGCUGUGAUAAGCAAUUUAUAGUGCAACAAGUACCUUAUACCAACCUGGUUAUGUUAGUUGUUUACACUACGUGUCCUUGUGAAACAACUUCGGUUAAAUUGGAGCCAAAAGAAGUGAAACAAAAUGAGACACUACGAUGUCUACGAAUGAAGCAAAACAUAUAUAGACGACGUCCAAGUCCUUGCAUCAAUUAUCAUCCAGAAGAAACAGACAUGAACAAUGAAUGCGGGAGCUGUAGUGUAAUUAAAGCUUUUAGCAUUUCUAAUUUAUUGUUAGCAAGUGCUAUUUUUCACUACAUCCUGCUACAUUUCCAUGUUUGAAUAAAGAUAACAAGUAAAAGUAUCUAUGUGUCUUGCCUUGUGUUGAGGAGGCUGCAUUCAGCGUACUACCUGCCUUGCUGACCCAGACAUUGUUGUUAAAUUGUUAUAUUUUAUGUGUCUGUGCCAACUAGUCUGGACGUACUAUGAAGAGAAAUUUCAGCAAAUUGCAGAUGUUUGGAUUUUUGAAUAAGGUCCAUGUGUGAUACAGUCAAAGAGGCUCAGUUUUCACUUCAGUGUGUGUUUUGUGCAGAUUACUUCGAACUGGAAAAAAUUUAGAUCCAUAAAAAUAUAAUUAUUAUUUUUUUUUAAAUACUUGCUCCAUAUGAAAUAUAGAAAUAUUCCACCUGAUAUCUCUAUCAAUAAAUUUCUUAUAAUAACAAGAAAUUAUAAUUCCUACAUAUCAGUCAUUAAAAAAAUUCCAGUAUUAUAAAACUUAUCAGAUAAAUAUUAUAAAAAUUAGUAGAUGCUUUAAAUGUCUAGUUUCAUAGCGUGUUCUAGUAAAUUUUAUACUGAAUUAUUCAUUUGAAAAAAUUAUGCUUAUAAUUAGGAGGGAAACUCGGAUAUAUGGUGAUGGCAUAACAGAAAGGAAAAUAAAUUCCAAAAUCUACAAACUAAUCUGGAAACUAGAAAAGAGCAAUUAAUUCAAACAAUAGAAAUUAUGUAAUUUGAAAGGAUGAUUGGUAAAAAUUGUAAAAUUCACCCUCUUUUAUGUACAAACUUAAUUGUUUCUCUUAUUUAAUUCUUUUUUAAAAAAUUGUAUAUAUAAAAAAUGAAUACUUUGAAUUUUUAAUCAAAUAUUUUAACAAGAACUUUGCCCUGUUUAUUAUUGUGUGUUUUAGUCGAAAGUGAAUACAUAUGAUAAUAAUAAGCCCGUUAACCAUUAAUUUUUUGUCUUAAUUAAGCAUUUAAGACAAGAAAUGUUUAAAGAAGAGUCAAGCUUGAAAUUGAGGUGAAAUUUGACUUGAAAGGCCAUGUUCCUCUUAUUGUAAUUGCAUUUUCAAGCAGAAAAAUAUUUUUCCCUAAAGUGAAAACUUUUUUAUAUAUAAUAUUUUAUUGAAAUAAAUACUUGAUUCAACAGUUUGAUAUAGUAACUUGUAAGUUUGAAUAAUUUGAAAUUUUUAAAAUAUCACUCCUCAUCCUUUUUAAAAAUAAUUUAUUUUUAUUAUUACUU